AUGAUGAAAAUUACGAUCUUCUCUUUGGUCAUAAUGACAAUUGUAUGUGCGUUGCCCGAAGACCCUGCAGUGGAGCAAGCUCAACCAGUCCAAAUUGUCAAACAAGACUCUGAAGUUGACGUUAAUGGAUACAAUUUUGAAUUUGAAACAAGUGAUGGAACAUCAAGGCAAGAGCAGGGUGACUACAAAAACGACACCGAGCAACAAGGUCUAUCCGUGAAGGGCAGCUACAAAUACAUCGCUCCUGAUGGUCAAACAAUCUCAGUCAGUUUCGUGGCCGACAAAAAUGGCUAUCAACCCGUUGAAAACAAAGACGCAAGCCAGCCAGAAGCUUAA